AUGGUCUUGCACAUCAAACAAGGCACUGCUCCAUACCUUGAGGAAGAGGAUGGUACCUGCAUCACAAAUGCAACUCUCAAGUCUAUCCACUGUAGGUGUCAUGCAGCUUGGGCCGAACUUGUGGUGAAGAAACUCGUGCCACCAACAUGGGUGAGGCUAUGCACCUCUGGCCAAACCUUGAUGUGGAGCAUCAUGGAGAUGGAGUUUCCUCUGUUAUGGCUUGACAUGGAUGGCUGGAAGUUGACCUUACUUUGUACAACUGACUAUCCCAACUGGCAGAAAUGCCACCUUGAUCAAGAUGGGAGCUGGAAGAACCCAGACAAGACUGCCACCAAACACAAGGCUAUGGACAACAACAACAACAACAGCAUGCACUCAGAUACCAAGCCUGUUAAGGUUGUACUCAAGGGAUAA